AUGAAAUAUUCCGCUGAUAGCGUGGAAUGUGGCAACUUCAUGCACAACAGGGACUCCCAAGAGUAUUGUGACCGACAGAGCUCACCCAUCAUCGACGCGCGUUCGAGUGUAUCGGGUCAACGCAGCAGUCACGACGCUGUAUCAAGUUUGGAGCAGGACCACUCGAAAGAGAGCUAUACGGAGGAUUAUGCGAAGGAAGACUAUUUACGUGUCCCUUCGUGUGCGCCACCGGCAUACGCUGCGGGUUCCUCGGCACCCGCGUCCGUUCUCACGAGACAUCUCACGAGACAGCCAGUGCAGAAUGUCGAGGACCCCCUGGAGCUGCUCAGGCAGUUCAACACUGUGAUUAUAUUGGACGACUCGACAUCCAUGUCCCACUAUUCCUAUGAAAGGCACAUGCCCGACGGCAAUUUUGAGAAGGUCACGUGGUGGCAAGAGGCCAGAAUCGCCCUCGUCAAUCUUGCAGUGAAGGCUGCAGAGUAUGACGACGACGGGAUUGACAUCCAUUUCCUGAAUAGCUCCAGGGUAGGGCGAAACCUGAAGGUGCUUUUUGAGACCCGGGAAGCCGUACAGAACGUCUUCAAGGGCAUAAACACACGACCUGGUACUCCCAUCGGCGCACGAUUGGACACUGUUAUCAGAGAGUACAUGAAGGAAUAUGCAAGUUGGCGAAAGCCAAGUUUCCUCGACAAAAUGAGACGAAAGAAGACACUCAAGAAACUCAACAUUCUUGUCAUCACAGAUGGAUAUCCCACUGACGAGCCCAAGCAAGUCAUCUCUGACCUGGUCCGGGAGAUGGACAAACUUGAGAUGGAGUAUAACCGGGUUGGCGUUCAGUUCGUUCAGAUCGGUAACAGCCAUGACGCAAAGAAGUAUCUCGAAGAGCUUGAUGGCGACAAGCAACAGCACGCGGCCCUGCGCGACAUUGUCGACACUACGCAGUACAUCGCAGGGCCCCUUGAUGCCAACCCCGAGACUAUGGUCAAGAUCCUUUUGGGUGGUAUCCACCGCAGAAUAGAUCAUGAAGGCGCCAGUGUGGUGCUCUUCAAUGAGGGUGACGAGGAGGAAAAGAGGCACGAGAGUGGUCACUACAACGGAGAGACAUUGUUUGGCCGCAAGUGA